AUGAGUAUCGAAUGCUAGUUUGGUGUGCACUGUACGCUGGAACCUUCACUGCUAAAAUUCAUUGCGAGUUCAAGUUAAAUAGGCACAAUAUUUCACUUUAUUUACAAACUGUUUUUUUUUUAGAUACUGAACUGGAUUACUCACUCGUAUCAAUGACGUGAUGUUUAAGAGACUAUUCAUGCCCUUUGGAAGAAGCAGUUCAGCGCGGACUUCGAACAUGAGUUGGUGUCCACAAUAUACAGGCAGACUAGACUGUAACAUUUCAAGUGGAUUCUAAGUUCAAUGCAUCGGAGCCUAAUGUCCACCUGAAAUAAGGAUUUUACGCAUUUUAUCGCGACUGUUUUUGAGUCUGCUGCUACACUGAUGGAGUAGACUACUUUGGAGGUACGCAAAAUAUUUUCUGUCAGAGCGUUUUUUUUUAAUAGUCGCUAAAAAUUAAAUGGAUGUAUCUAUAGACAACGGCUUCACCAUACCAAGAAGACACCGUUGCACCAACUGGACAAAACAGAUGUUUACUGAAGAAGCAAUAACAAAAGGGUCACAUUUAUUGUAGUCUGCUUGUUAAAUGUGCAUCAACAACCGCAAAACGCACUCCAGCGUACGGGUUCGUGGGUGAAGACUCCACUUGUUACCGGAUUCAACAUUAUUUUCUGACCAGUAACAAGAAACUUGUUCUAUCAAUGCGUUUAAACGUGCGCAUAUCCUACCUUAGAAAUAUAUUCGACACCGGUAAGGUGAUGAGAUAAAGAAUCCAGAACAUUGACUCACUCACCUGCAAGAUACUCUUGUUCUGCUUGCAUAGCCUGCACGAAACGGGAAAAUACGAUUUCAUAUAUUAUAUUCAUUGCUGGGUAAUAUUUUUCUAUCGUCAACGUAGAUUUACGUAUAAUCUAGGCUAGGCUACAUGCGACACUAGUGAAUGGGAUCUAGAAUUGUGCGAGAUUUAUACUGUAUCCACAUUUUCGAAUGAUUUCAUCGUGCCGUUGACUAAUUUGCCUGACUGAAUAAGCGUGGAAAUGGCAGGCUCCGGUUCCAAUUGGAAGUACUACCUUUGGAUUUUGACAGUCUUGUGCAGGUCGCUGUUGCCCUAUGCCAAAUCAUUGGAAUCGGUGAUUUGGAACUCGCAAAACCCCAAAUUUCAGUAUGGGAAGGGCUUGGUGAUCUACCCAGAGAUAGGGGACAAGCUGGACAUUAUCUGCCCAAAGGCAGACAUGGGGCGGCCAUAUGAGUUUUACAAACUGUACCUGGUGAAGAAGGACCAGGCAGACCAGUGCAGCACGGUCAUGGACCCCAAUGUGUUGGUCAACUGCAAUAAACCUGAGAAGGACAUCAAAUUCACCAUCAAGUUUCAGGAGUUCAGUCCAAACUACAUGGGCCUGGAGUUCAAAAAGAACAUCAACUACUUCAUCACAUCCACGUCGAAUGGGACCCUGGAGGGUCUAGAGAACAGGGAAGGAGGGGUCUGCAACACCCUCUCCAUGAAGAUCGUCAUGAAAGUGGGCCAGGACCCAAACACAGUUGUACCGGACCCAGUUAUAACAGACAAGCCAAGCCAAGACCAGGACAACACUGUGAAGGAGACAACCACCAGCCCAUAUAAGAAAAAGGGGGGCAGUGGUGGGGCUGUGGAGCCAGGCAACAAAGACACCAUGAACCAGGACAACAAGUCCAACUCAGCAGAGGGUAUUUUUGCCUCCAAGCCAGCGCUGUUUGCUGCCAUCGGGGCGGGAUGCGUCAUCUUCCUGCUGAUCAUCAUCAUCCUCAUCGUCCUGCUGAUCAAGCUGAGGAAGAGGAACCGCAAGCACACCCAGCAGCGGACCACCGCUCUGUCACUCAGCACGCUGGCCAGCCCCAAGUGCUCUGGGAACGCUGGCUCAGAACCCAGUGACAUCAUCAUCCCUCUACGGACUACAGAAAACAACUACUGCCCCCAUUACGAGAAGGUGAGCGGGGACUACGGCCAUCCGGUUUAUAUAGUCCAGGAGAUGCCCCCGCAGAGCCCAGCCAACAUCUACUACAAGGUCUGAGCAAAGACUAUCUUUAGGAUGUUUGCUUGUAGGGGAGAAUUCUGAUCUACCUUUUACUACCUUGUCCAUCUGAUGUUCAAAAUAGCAUCACAAGAACAGAAAUAAAAAACAGGUCGUCAUGGACACGGUAGUUGAAUAAUUUUUUGUUUCCAGAUAGGCCAAAGGGCAGGUUUUGGAGGGUUUGUGUCGUCUUCUCUUCCUGCUUCUUGCUAGAAAUUGAAUUCACCCAAGUUUCGCUAUUCUGUGUGUCUGAGAGGACUGUAAAGAUGGUCAAGCCUAUGGAGUAGAAAAGCCUUUGCUCUGACAAUGGAGACAAGUUGCAAACAGGGUAUACUACACAAACAAAGGACCCGUGAUAGGGCUGUCACUCAUGGGCUCCAUUCCUGUAAUGAAGCCUCCAUGGUCUGCUCAGAGACAGAAAAAGGCACAGUGUGAUGAUAUAGCAUAACACACUUCCCUUUAAUAUGUUUUAUCUGCACUAUUCUUUUUUAUCAGUCACCUACAGUAGCUCCCUCUUCACCAAUGUCUGCUCCUUCAACGUUGUUUAUUUUCUACUGUAUAUCUAGUUAAUACAUACAAUAUUAUGGUAAAUAUUAAUAUUUUUCAUGUGUCCUUUAGUGAUACUUUGCCACUCUUUCUCUUAUAUAUAUAUAUAUAAAUACAGUAUAUAUACAUAUAUAUAUAUAUAUAUAUAUAUAUACACACAUUACCAGUCAAAAGUUUGGACACACCUACGCAUCCCAGGGUUUUUCUUAAUUUGUACUAUUUUCAACAUUGUAGGAUAAUAGUGAAGACAUCAACACUAUGAAAUAACACAUAUGGAAUCAUGUAGUAACCAAGAAAGUGUUAAACAUAUACAAAUAUAUUUUCUUCAAAGUAGCCACGCUUUGCCUUGAUGACAGUUUUGCACACUCUUGGCAUUCUCUCAACCAGCUACACCUGGAAUGCUUUUCCAACAGUCUUGGAGGAGUUCCCACAUAUGCUAAGCACUUGUUGGCUGCUUUUCCUUCACUCUGCAGUCCAACUCAUCCCAAACCAUCUCACUUGGGUUGAGGUUGGGUGGUUGUGCAGGACAGGUAAUCUAAUACAGCACUCCAUCACUCUCCUUCUUGGUCAAAUGGCCCUUACACAGCCUGGAGGUGUUUUAGGUCAUUGUCCUGUUGGUUACUACAUGAUUCCAUAUGUGUUAUUUCAUAGUUUUGAUGUCUUUACUAUUAUUCUACAAUGUAGAACAUUUAAAAAAAUUAUGAAAAACCCUUGAAUGAGUAGUUGUGUCCAGACUUUUGACUGGUACUGUAUUUUAAAAAAAACACACAUCUAGGUGACAUACUUGUGUGAAAUAAGUGUCUCAUCUUCUACUUCUCUAAGCUUGUCUGAACAGGCAAAGUCAGUUAUGCAACUGUGGCGGGAAAAAACGAGCAACAAAGUUGCCUCACCCUGGAUAUAAAUGAAUAAAAAACAAAUAGCUCAUACUCAAUCAUGGUGAGAGGCCAUCAUGACUGAAAUAAAAGAAAACAAAGGUUGUUUCAAAUUGACAAGUCACUUCUGUAUCUGAAGCCUCAAGGGGUUUUGCUCCUCUUAAAUUAGGCCUGAGUUUUCCCUUCGGUGAAAAAUAAUAACAAGAUCUGAUUUGUAUGAGCAGAAAAGGUGUGGGCACAAUUAAGAUGUUAUCAAACCUUUCACUCCCUCCUAAAGGUCGUGCUCUCAGAAGAAUUGGAUGGCUUUGGAGGGAAUAAGUGGUGUUCACCGAAUGGUAUGACAUUUGUAGUGUUAGUUCUGCACCCGGAGACAAUGGAAUGGAUAGGGAUGUUGCUAAGGAUGGUUUUAUUGUUUUCCACAUUCUCUUUUGGGUCUGAAUUCAUUCAUAGUCACAUACUGUAGACAUGGUGCCUGGUUCAGUCAUGUGCUCAGAAUGAGAAGUAGGUGCAGGUAAUGUCAAUCAUGUGUGUUGUGCAUCUCAAUAAAAGCUAGUUUCAGGAGAAUAAAUGAUAAUAGAAAGAGUUUGGCAACCAGCUCCAGUCCCUAUUCUCCUCAGCUGUGCGAUGGUGGGAAAACCAAACCUUUCAAAAUCACUUAGCGCAGAUGAGGCACAGAGUAGACACUUAAAGUAAAUAAUGAUUCUACAUUACAAAUUGUUGUAUAAACGUAAUAGGCAAUACAGAACAUUUUUAUCUUAAACUAUUUCUGCUCAUGAAAAGGCUUUUUUAAUUCCUAAAGAGUUAUUAUUACCGCAACAGGGUGGCGCUUAAACAUCUCUGGUGUCAACAGGAGGACAACUAAUGACUUACAAUUCCUAUCACAUGGCAACUUCAAAGACCAGGGAAGAUUACACUGGUACCAAAUAGUUUUUAACACAAAUCAUUACACGUACAGUAUUUUCUGUGUCAAUAUCUUGUCCCCAUGUUCUGAAGUUGGUCCCGUUGUUGUCUGUGUUUAUUGUGAAAGAAGAUAGAUACUGUCCUGUAUUUACAGUAGAGGUUAUUCUGGCAUAUUUUUAAUGCUGAUAACAUUGACAUUAUUUAAAGUUAUUAAGAAGUAUAGCAGCAAGAGCAGGACAUGUGCGACCAGUUUGUUGGCAUUGUUUCAGAUUCUUAAGGUGCCACCAACCUCCUGUGCUGUACACAGACAUAUUUGUUUGCUUUGAGGGCUAUAGCAGACUGCCUGUUCUUUUAUAAUAAAACAUUUAUUUUAUUUUUUCCCAGUCUGGAUUUAUGUUGAUACAUUCACAUUUGUUUGGCUUAAAAAGGGCCUAGAAAAAAUGUACUAUUGCCUUCCUAGUGUCUUGUACAUUGACACCUACAUUGAAAAAAUACAUUGUUUACAACAUAUGUAAAAUGACUGUAAUCAUGAUUUGGCAUUACAUUUUUUUAAACAUAUUUUGUUCAAUACUGUAACUAAGUUUUAUCGAGGGCACAACUCAAUAAGUGAUUUUUAAAAAAAAACUCAGAUGAAGUCAAUGACAAACUGGUGACCAACAGAAUCCAAAUUCUUCAAAUAUUGAACAAACAUUGUGUGGUUAUUGUGUGUGGUUUGUCAUUGGGUAAAGGUAUAGUUGAAUACAAUGAUAAUCGUCAAAAUGUUGGAAGGAUAAUGUCUACACCACUGUAUGGUCUUCAAUUAACACUACCACAAACACCAUGUGGUCCUAGAAGUGACAUCCAUUUACUGCUUGUUUAUUAUUGUUUGGUUAGUUCAGUGGCCUAAAAUAAUGUAAAUAUGUGAAAAAAUUCAAUUUAAAAGUUACAUUUAAUAGAGCCCCAUUUAUGAACAUAUUUGUUUUUUUUGUAUGCAGAAUUUUGUAAAUAGAUGUCUUUUUGGAAAUACAUUUCAUAUAAAUCCAGAUUUUGUUUUUAGAGACCGAUAAUAGAUGACACAUCUCUUAGAGACAGUGUUUAAGUGUCAGGCAUUGCAAGGAGAGAAGAACAUCGUAUCAUGGUUCACCACAUACAUUCAGCAUGAGAGAUCCCCCCCCCCCUUAGUUUCAUUCUAGCUGUCCCAGACUGUUUGUUUGUGGGUGCUGGAUUGGGAACCUAGAGAAGGGCUAGACACUCUACUAUACAUGUAAUCAAUUUUCUCUGUGACAGUCACCCCUUGAAAUCAAUGGAACUGUUAGUGAACGUAAAACAGGGGAGGGUCAGCAACCAGUUAAAUAUCUAAUGCCUUGAUCAAGAUUCAUCUGAGUAUAAUAACAUACUCCAUAGGUAAAUAAAUAAACCCAUGCUGAUUUAAAAUAUUCAGAUGAACAAAGCAUUAUUCCGGGCAUCUCUUUGGCAGUAUAUUAUUCUGGGCCAGUUUCCCUAAAUACAGUCAUUCCAUCUCUAGUUGUGAGAGUCCAAGGGGGAGCUGCGUGCUUGGAGCUCUGCUGAGCUUGCGACUUUAGGAAAUAAAUAAUGCCAGCAUACAUGGCUCGAUCUCACUCCUUUGUCAGCCCUCAAGGUGAAAUGGAGAUGCUCUCUUGACCUUUGCAGAUUAUCACAAUAUUAUCUCUGGCUCUCUUUAAUGAUAAAGCAGCUCAAGCCCCAGACAUUUCUUCAGCUAUCAGCCGCCACACAGCCAAGUUCAGCCAGACUCUGCUGUGCUGUGUGUGGUGGCCAGGCCGCUCACAAAGGAAAAUAUUCGAGCAGUGAUUAGCGACAUGAGAGUGGAAGUACAGUACAUGAACUUAUAAAGCUCCAUGUUAUUAGAGUAGUAAUACAGUGUUUUGGUUUUCCUGCUCAUCACAGUUUAAACAGUACUGGCUUGUUCAGUUUGACUGGUUGCUCACUUUCCCUGCUCUGUGUCAUUAUUGUCAUUGUUUUAUUUCUGUUCAUGAUACAGUAUUAUUUUCAAUGUACAUGUAUGCAAUCCCAGUGCAUUUGUGUUUUUUGUAUCUGCUCCGCGUUCAUAUUUCGCCUUUCAUUCACACGCAGCUUCAACCCAUGUUCAACAUAACCAGUUACUAUGGAAUGGAAAUUCCAUGAGCCAAGUUUGAAAUCCUGAUAUUGCAUAUUGAUAAAUAAAUUUUUCCUAUGGAAUUUA